AAGAUGGUCGUCUUUAUCUUCCUACUGUCAUUCGUUUUAUUAGCCACCGCAGAACAUUCCGGAGCUUACUCAUCGCCCCAAUACGCGAAAAAGAUGUUUCCAAAGCAAAUCGAUACCAACGCGCUACUCCCGAGGGAAAUACCUCCUGUGCCGUUCAAAAGUGACAGGGUUGACAGUGAAAAUGAUACAAUGUAUAGGUCUUCAUUCAUGGAAACUGCUGGAAACUUCCUGAGCAGUACAGGUGGUCAGAUUGUGAGCGGCAUGGCAAAGGAUUUCAUCGCCAGGUCUACGGGGAGCAGCCAGGUUGGUUUUGACUGCGUAACGCAGGUCCUCAGCCUGAACCUGACCAACUUGGUGAUACUCAUCGUGCUGAAGGCUCUGAUCUUGGCGGCAGGCUUCUUCGGAGCAGGAGCCUGGAAGGGCGGUCACCACUAUGGAAGAAGUCUUGAUGAAAAUAAAAACGCCUCGUUCAUAACCGAAGAUGAGCUCCUGCUGUACCUGGGUUACCUGUCCGGCCAACAAAGCAAGGACUACGGCUGCCUGUACCGCUUGUCCUGUAAUAGGCCAGAACAGGCUGGUAUGUACUCGUCAGGAGCUGACCUGCUGCUGCAAGGAGCUAAGCUAUUCCAAGGGAACAGCAUUGAGCUGGAACCUUACGAGGAAGUCUCCAAGGGCAUCAGGGAAGCAGCGGAGUGGGGGGAGAGGGGGGUGAACUGCGAACAACGAUACAAAUGCGGGGAAUGA